AUGAAAAGCAUGGAGGUCGAGCCUGAUAAUAUGAUAUUGGUACUGAUGUACGCCGCAUAUUGCAGGCAAAUUGAAGAUUUAAACUUGCCCAAAUUUGCUUACAUUUUAGAUGUUUUAAAGGUUGGUGGUAUCACAAUUAAAAGGUCUAGAGUUCUAUUUUUAUGCCCACCACGCACUGAUAAUCAGCUUUAUAAAGUCAACAUCGCCUAUCGAGCAUUUCAUAAUCUUUUUGAAGACUUCCUUCGUUAUUGCACACCCCAGAUCCGCCUUAAAAUCGAAUCUAUUCAGUCGAGUUAA